CGAGGAGCCUGAACGAGCGCAUGAAACUCUAACGACCACAUCGCUUAGCCAGGUGGUGGUGACCUAGGUGUGGCGGCGGCGCUGGGACCCCGACCAGUUCGAUGGGGUGGUGGCGGCGCGCCGCGCGUGAGGUCCAUGAACAGAAGCAGUUUGGAUCCACGCAACGCCUGUCCCCCUCUUCGUCAUUGUCUGUUGUCGAACUGGACACGCCGACGAGAUCGUACGGCGGUGGUGCACCCUCUGCCGGUCAAAGCACCAUGCACCGUGAUGUACGUCGCCCUCCGAUGGGCCUUACAUCCAUUAACAAAUCGAACGGUGGGGUCCUCGACGCUAGGUGGUACGUGCACCACGUGGCUCUGGUGCGUCCAGAACGAGGAACCCCACCGACGUGAUGCUCCGCUUGUAUCCUGACAUUUGGGAAAACUUUCAAAGCUGCGACCACGGCACGGCGCUUCAUCGCGCCGAACGCUGAUCGAUACCCCACCAUCCAGUGAGCGCACACCAAUAUAUGCAAUGACGAGGCAGGCCGUCGCUCGUUUCGAACUCACGCGGGAGCAACUCGUUGAGUUCACUGCGCGCACCAAGACACUCCUUCGCGACACUCUUCACCUCCUGUCGCUCGACCAGAGGCUCCAGCAUGGAACCAAGGUGAUGGAACGGAUGGGACUCCAGGUGUACACGGACGGCGACAGCACCACGAUCACAGGCCACUUGGCGACAACCAUCGUCGAUCUCGAGUACGCCAUGUACGCCACGACGACCCAGCACGUCCAAACUGUUGCCGCCAUCAUGCACAACGAGUUGUACAACGACGCGGACGUCCUCGACGUGCAGCAAUCGCAAACGCUUGAAGACACGUUUCACUUUGUCGGGGUCAAGUCCGUCGCGCUGGCCCGCAAAGGCAUGUUUGCCAAGCCCCAUCACAUUGUUUACCUCGAAUCGACUGGCACGAUCCACGACGACGGUACCGCACGGCUGUACCAACACAUCGAAUACGUCGACAUGGCGCACUACUACUACACGGCCAAGAACUCAUGGAGCAAAGCAAUUCGACCGAUCUGCUCGACUGUGUCGCUGUUUGAAGCCGAUCCAUGCGAUGCCACGUCCGUGCGGGUGUAUUCCCGCGCCCACUACUCACACGACACACCAAGCUCCCUGUACCAGAUGCACCAACCGCAAGUGUACUGGCAGUGGGUUCUGUCGCUGGCAUCGCUGGCCGUGUCAAGACGGCUCAUGGAUGCGACGUCGCUCGUGCAAUAUUGGGUUCCCAACGGUGAAUGCAAAAGCUGCUCAGUGUGCAACUCGGCGUUCAAAGCGCUUCGACCAAAGCACCACUGCCGCAGUUGUGGCGAGAUGAUGUGCCACGGCUGCUCGAUCCACAUUCGGUCCCCGACGGUAGUGCACAAGUUCUGCACCAAGUGCGUGCUCAAAUCCCGGGAGCUCCGGGGUGGCGACCGCGUCGAGCAACCCCCAAAGACGUCGUUGUGGCGCCCCAUGUCGUCGGUGGCGAGCAGCAGCAGUAGUACCGAGAGCUUCAUCCGGUCGAUGCAAGAAACCACCAAACACGUGACAACUCCAUCUCCUCACGUCGUCGCGACACCCUCCGCCGUCGACGCCAAGCAGGUGAACGCCCUUGAACAAAUCUCCGAUUCGAUCGCCCAUCAAGAAUCGAUCCUUGUGUGCAUGCGCGAAGUGCUGGAGAAACAAAAGCGCCAUUCCGAUGUCACCAAUUCGAUGACGUCCACGACCGGAACUGCCGACUCGUACAUGACAGACGAGUGCCUGGAAACGCUGCCUAGUACCUCGACCGGCUCGCCCAACACACAUCAGUUCGAAUACAUUGAUUCUUCCUAAGAUUGGAACCCGUGCGUCGGUUGUUCUCGUGCAGCGGCCAUCCGCCAAGUUACAUAAAGAACAGACCGCCCGCGGCAGUUCUUCCGAUGGCUCCUUCGUCGAUUAUUACAUGCUCGGCAUAGACAUGUUGCCCAUCAUGGAUGCAUGCGUGGGAUCGCGGAGGACACUGCGCGGCCUCUUCAUGUCGGGCUUCGAAUUCCUGGGGAGUCUCCUGACUGUGAGCUCGUGUCUGGUUUCACCGUUCA